UACAAUUAGAGAAGGAGAAGCCACCCACCCUAUGGAAUUUCAGAGGUGCUACAAUUAGAGAAGGAGAACCAACCCACCCUGUGCUUUAGAUUUUAUUUAGAACUCAAGCUCGUUGCCAGAUCAAGGUCACCAUAACUGCAGCUUUUCGAACUUUUUACCAGAGCAAAAAUGGCGGCUCCUCUUCCAAUUAAACACUGGAUUAGACUGAAAACUAUAGGGGAAGGUUCUUAUGGAGCCGUGAGUGUGGCUCGAAAUCUGGAAGAUGGAGGAUUGUUCGCAGUGAAGUCUGCAACCUGCAAGGAUGAAGAGUUUCUGGAAUGUCUAGAGAGAGAAAUUGAUAUUCUCAAGAAACUAGAUUCGCCUUUUGUUGUAAGAUACCUUGGCCAAGACAGAGACGGAGAAGGAAAGGUGAACUUGUUCAUGGAGUAUAUGGAGGGCGGAGAUUUGUGUUCACUUUCGAUGAGAAGCAAGGGGUUGCCGGAGAUGGCUAUUAAAACUUACACAGCCUCCAUUCUGAGAGGCCUGGAAUACCUUCACGAAAAGGGAAUUAUUCACUGUGACGUUAAAGGAAGGAAUGUCCUCUUGGGGUUGUCAGGCGAAGUCAAACUCGCCGAUUUUGGCGCUGCAAAGAUGGUUUCGAGCGAGCUUCCUGCCAUUCACGCUGGUACUUUGAGGUGGAUGGCGCCUGAGAUUUUAGAAAGGAGGGAACAGGGCACGGCAUCUGAUAUAUGGUCUCUUGGUUGUACGCUCGUGGAGAUGGCCACAGGGAAGGUGCCGAAAUUACCAGAAAAAUUCGCCGGAAUUUCAGAUUCCGGCCUUGAUUUUCUUGACAAGUGUUUCAUGCCAGAGCCAUCACAAAGGUGGACGGCUUCUCAGUUGCUUCACCACCCCUUUUUGGCUUCUACAUCCUCCAACCAAAUCGUGUGUUCUCCAAGAACUGUCCUAAGCGAAUCAUCGGAAUUUAAUUUUCCAGGCGGCCUUAAGCAGAAUUCCGGCAUUCUCAACCCAAAUCAGAGGAUUAAAACCUUCUCAAUUUGCCAAGGCCUCGACGAAAAACAGUGGACUGAAACCUCGACAACUUGUAAUGGUUUUGACGAAAAUGAGAGAAGUAAAAUCCUAACAGGUUGCAGUGACUUUGAUGAAGAACAAACGAUUGACACCCUAAAAAGUCACAUAGCUUUAGAAGCCAAGCAGCGGAUCAAAAGCCUAAUAAGUUGCAGUGGUUUCGACCAAGAGGGGUGGGAAAGCAAGGACUGGAUACCAGUGAGGUCGUCAAUGGCGGGAGAACUUCGAGCGCUUCCUUGCCCCUAAGUUUCGGCCACGAAAUUUCAGACGACGGGCCGAAAAUUUCGGAGUUUGCAGUGACGGCAAUUUUCCUGAGAAUAUUUUUUCCAAUGCUUCUUUGGCUAUUCGUCUCGGGGCUAAAUGUGAACAUUUUGAGUUCGGCCGGGGUUUUAUUCAUAAACAGAGCCCUAGCACCAAAUUCAUGUGGCCAUUUUUAUCGUGCCAUUUGAGGUUUUAUGUUU